AUGAAAGGGCACCUUAUUGUCUCUGGAUUUGCCCUCACCUUGAUUGUGGCUUAUCUGAAGCUGUCAUCCCAUGGGAGAUGCACCUAUAAUGCCAAGCGCAGGUCACUUCUGCAUUCUCACCCCAGCAGGGAAAUGAGAAGGGAAAUUAUGGAGCGGCAGAAGAGCUUGCUCUUCUUUUACAAAACUCUUUUGGGGCUUAGAUAUACUUCCCCGGAGCAGGAGGAUGUCCUGAGGUUGCUGGAGGAACCAGAGAUGGACCUACAGGUCCCCCUGGAUAGGAGUGCACCAUCGGGGGCAUUGACCUGCCAGGAUCUCACCCACAUCACAGGAACUGAUUAUAUCGGGUCUGGCUUUACCAAACUAGUGCUGAAGGGAACGUUACUGAAUGGCAGGGCGGUUGCCCUAAAGUCUGUCCACGCUGAGGGCAACGACAUGAAACGCUGCCUGCAGCUCUACGGUGACCACGCCGGCUGCCACAGACUGGCCACGUACAAGUUGCAGAAAGAGAUCGCCCUAUUGCAGAUCCUGCGUUCCCCAGGCAUUAUACAGUUACAUGGACAGUGCUAUGAGGAGAGCCCACCCUCCGGCGUAAGGGUCACCGCUAUGCUGGAGCUCGGGUCCCCCCUGGAGAUGAUUCAGCUACUUCAGGCCCCCUGGGAAGAGAGAUUUAAAAUCUGCCUGGAAUUGGUGCAGCUGCUGCAUUACUUGGCCACCUCCCCCAUGGGUUCCAUCGCGCUCCUGGAUUUCCAGCCCAGGCAGUUUGUCCUGGUGAACGGAAGUCUGAAAGUGACGGACAUGGAUGACGCCACCAGUGACGAGUUGGCAUGUAGCAGCGACGCUGACUGCGCCCUCGCCUUCCCUGCCAGGACGUUCAAUGUCCCCUGCGCCGUCACCGGGGUGUGUACAGGGGCCAACGAGAAGAGGAACCUCUACAACGCAUACAGAUUCUUCUUCACUUACCUCUUACCUCAUGCCUCACCUCCAGCCCUUCGACCUUUGCUCCAGGAGAUUAUGAACGCCACAGGUGAUUUACACUUUGGGAUACAUGAAACCCUGAAGGCUUUUGAAGAUGUGUUGGAGUUUUACAAGUCCGGGAUGAAUCAGAGCCAGGCUCCGGCCCUGAGAGACUAUACCGUGCUGAAAGGAUUCCGGAUGAAUGACAGUUCCGGGGAUUUCAGAUGCUGGCCAUCCUAUCACUACCAGGGAUGUCUGUUAUCAGUACACAGUGCAGCUGAGGCCGCGGAGUUCUGUAACAGUCUCCCUCACUGUCAGAGCUUCGUUAUUGGCCGGCAACGAACGUGGACCAGUCGUCAUCUCGCCGCAUUCACGAGGAAUUCGGCACAACUGGUUCCCGAUGAUGACUCCUGCGUAUACGUGAAACGUUCGGGUGACGAGGAAACGCUCGGUGUCCAGGACAUACAGCAUGGAUGA